AUGGCUGCAAUGGAAGAGCUGGAGAUCCAUAGCAAGUCCUAUUUCGUGCGCUGGGUCAACGUGGGCGCAGGCCACACCAUCUCAUGGAGUAUUCAACCACAUAAGAAGUCGGUCAACUUUGGCAUCUUCAAGCAUCCCGGCCAGUCGAACUCCCUCGGCUCUCACCUCCCCUCCGACUCCCACAGCACCGAUUCCAACGAGAACCUCCCCGCAACCGCAACCGCGAACUCCGGGUCCCGCAAUCAACAAUCCACCGUUAUCGACAAGCUUACAGGCAUCGGCCUCAAGUCUAUCAAAUGGAUCGGGAAGUGCGAGGCCGACAAGAUUUCUCAAGGGACAUACGAUGUGCCCACGAAUGAGGCUGGGAACUACGCGCUGGUCUUCGACAACACCUUCUCUAAACAAAUCUCUAAGACCGUCACCCUCGUUCUCCUGACCUAUCCGACCGGUCUACAACCGCAUGGUUCCGCACCACCUUCGAUCGCUCGCGCCGCGACCAGUGGCUCGACCGAAUCCCUGUCGCAGCCCAAGACACGGCGUCGUGGGAACAGCCGAUCGACCCUGAGCGCGCAGACCGCAGUUACCUCCACGUCAACCGUACACACGGGUCAGCUGCAAAAGCGCCGGCGUAAGCGACACCAGGGCUGGGCACGUCGGUUUUUCUCUUUGGACUUCACAUCAUGCACUCUGUCAUACUACCAUGAUCCGAAUUCGUCAGCAUUACGAGGCGCCAUCCCACUUUCAUUGGCGGCCGUAGCGACCAACGACAAGUCCCGUGAGAUCUCCAUUGACUCCGGAACGGAGAUCUGGCAUCUCCGCGCCAGCAAUGACCAAGACUUCGUCUCUUGGAAAGGCGCUCUAGAGAAGGCUUCUGUUCCGGAGACACCCAAAGGGAAUGGAAUUUCUCAUCUUGGCGGUCCUCCUGAACUGCGCAUAUCUCUCCCCGACCAACCCUCUCCGGCGGAGGAACAAGAAUGGACUCAGGUGGAAAGCCUUGUUGGCAAAGUAUCUGGCUCGCGUGAUGCCGUGCGUCGCCUUGCUAGAGAUACGGAUCCCAAGUACCUGACGACUCCAGCGCCCGCUGCUUCGGAGCGCACCCGUGGCCGAUCUCCAAGCCCUCAACCGGCAUCUGCAAGUGAAACUCCCAGUGGUGACCGUGAUCCGAGACGGCCUUUCUGGAAGCGCAAGACUAGUGGAACUUCCAAUGCUAGUGGUAAGCGUCCACCGGGACCGGAGCAGUCAAAUUCGAGUUCUUCUCAGCUGGUGGUGCCUACCGGCAAGCCUGCCAGUAUUGCCAGUCAUGCUGAUGGAAUGGACGAGAUCCACGACCAUCUGAUGGCUGUUCUACGCGAUUUGGAUAAUGUUGUGACGGAAUUCUCUACUCUUCUCUCUGAGAGCAGACAGCGCCGACACCCACCCCGCUCGACGGUCUCGAUGGCCCCUCGUCGGAGUAUGGAGUCUGAGGACUUGGAAUUCUUCGAUGCCAAUGAUGGAGGUGCUAAUUCCCCGCUCCUUACAAUCCAAGACAGUGACGAAGAAGGAGAAAAUGGAGAACGACCGGACACCGCUACCGAGCAAGUCGAUGAUGCUCCCUCAGAUAGUGACGAGGACGACGAAUCGACAGCUCCUCAGGAUAGUAGCAAUGCCUCUCCAUUGUUCCCAGUCAAACCCAAAUCAUUGUCUCCCCUUCCGUUGGAUGCCUCCUACCCCCCCAGUCUGAUCGGAUUCCUGCGCAAGAACGUCGGCAAAGAUCUAUCCACGAUAUCCAUGCCAGUUUCCGCGAACGAGCCCCUUUCCCUGCUGCAGCGCGCAGCCGAGAUUGUCGAGUACUCAUCGAUGCUGGACAAAGCUGCUCAGAUCUCCGAUAGCACUGAACGAUUGAUGUACGUCACGGCGUUUGCUCUAUCCUCUCUAUCCAGCAAUCGAGUCCGAGAACGAUCUAUCCGCAAACCCUUCAACCCUAUGCUCGGCGAAACCUACGAACUCGUCCGCGAAGACCAAGGCUUCCGCUUCAUCGCCGAAAAGGUCUCCCACCGCCCAGUCCAACUGGCCUACCAAGCCGACAGUCGCGAAUGGAGCCUCUCCCAAUCACCCAUGCCAAGCCAAAAGUUCUGGGGCAAGUCCGCAGAAAUCACAACCGAAGGUCGAGUGCGCAUCACCCUCCAUGCCACAGGCGAGCGCUUCAGCUGGAUAGUAGCAACAUCCUUUCUACGCAACAUCAUCGCCGGCGAGAAAUACGUCGAGCCAGUCGGCGAAUUGACAGUCGCAAAUGAAACCACCGGCCAACGAACAAUCACCACCUUCAAAGCUGGCGGCAUGUUCUCCGGCCGCAGUGAAGAAGUCUCCACUCGAGCCGUGGACUCGUACAACAAACCACUCUCCCUGGGUCUAACGGGGUCCUGGCCAACAGCGCUAUCUCUCACCCGCGAUGGAUCAACACCAUCCGGUAAACCAAUUUGGUCCGCAGGACCCCUCGUCCCCAGCGCGCCCAAGCACUAUGGCCUAACAGCCUUCGCCGCGUCCCUGAACGAAAUUACCCCCGUGGAAGAGAAUCACCUCCCAUCCACGGACUCGCGUCUCCGUCCUGAUCAGCGCGCUUUGGAAGAAGGCGACCUCGAUAAAGCUGAGGAAGUCAAGGUCCAGCUGGAAGAAGGUCAGCGUGCCCGCCGUCGCGAGAUGGAGGAUGCUGGCGAGGCUUGGAUUCCGCGCUGGUUUACGCGGGUUAGUGAUGAUGCUGAUGGGGAGGUUGUUUGGAGGCUUAAGGGUGGUAAGGAUGGGUAUUGGGAUGAGCGGGCUAGGGGGAAUUGGUCUAGUGUUGUGCCUGUUUUUGAGACUAAUUAG